AUGGUAAUUGGUAACUGUAAAACAGUAAAAAUGGUGUUGCUUUGGGCUAUAAAGCUGAGCUUAGAUCCCGCCUUUUUCAUAUUCUCUCUGGACACGAGCGACUGCAACUCUCUGGUGCCAACUUGCUUACUUCCUAACGACAAUAGUUACAUAAUUUUGAAGCCAAAGAGAAGAAGAAAUCGAGGCAAUCGUAGGAAUAAUGCGAGAAGGAAUCAGCAAGGGCAGGGAAGGAACGGCGACGAAAUUAAUGUAGAUGGAAUUAAGGAAAUGCUGAAGGAUGUAGUGACAACUAAAACUUAUCAAAAUGUUAUAUAUCAGAAUAAGUUUCUGUUUAAGAAUAAAAUAGUACUUGAUGUUGGCGCUGGAACUGGAAUUCUGUCCCUAUUUUGUGCAAAAGCUGGGGCUGCACAUGUUUAUGCGGUUGAGUGCUCAGACAUGGCUGACAUGGCAAAAGAAAUAGUUGAAUCAAAUGGUUUUUCAGAAGUUGUAACAGUUUUGAAGGGAAAGAUUGAAGAAAUUGAGCUACCAGUUGCUAAAGUAGAUAUUAUAAUUUCAAAGUGGAUGGGAUAUUUUCUAUUGUAUGAAAAUAUGUUAAACACGGUCCUCUAUGUACGAGAUAAAUGGCUUGUCAGUGAUGGAAUUCUUCUACCAGACAAAGCUUCCCUUUAUUUGACAGCCAUUGAGGAUGCAGACUACAAAGAAGAUAAGAUUGAAUUUUGGAAUAAUGUGUAUGGCUUUAACAUGAGUUGCACCAAGAAGCAAGCCAUCAUGGAACCUCUUGUUGAUACUGUUGAUCAGAAACAAAUUGUCACAGACUGCCAGCUCCUCAAGAUUAUGGAUAUCUCUCAAAUGGUUUCUGGGGACGCUUCCUUCACAGUUCCUUUUAAGCUUGUGGCUGAGCGGGAUGAUUACAUCCAUGCCUUGGUGGCCUACUUUGAUGUGUCAUUUACCAAAUGUCGCAAGUUAAUGGGCUUCUCUACAGGGCCAAGAUCACGGGCUACACACUGGAAGCAAACAAUUCUGUACCUAGAAGAUGUGUUAACUAUAUGCGAAGGGGAAGUCUUAUCUGGGAACAUGACUGUCGCACCGGACCAAAAAAAUCCUCGCGACAUUAAUAUAAUGAUCAAAUAUGCAUUGAAUGGGCAGCGGUGUGUGGUCUCAAGAACUCAAUAUUAUAAGAUGCGGUGAAGUAAUCUACAUGUUAUUCAAAAUUCAAAGCACUAGUGGCAAAGGUGAUGCUUAACCACAACUUCUAUCUAGUAAGUUGCUUUCUAUUUGGGAGCUGAGUGUAUUUCUUAUUUCUCUCUGUUCAAGAAUUGAGAGAGUUGCGGGCUUGGCUUCCCUUACAUGUAUUUUGCCUGCAAUUUUUGGCAAUCCCCUUUUACGUAUUUGCAAAGGGGGAAUGAGAAUCUAACGCUGAAAUUUUGAGUUUUAAUUUUUCAGGACCUUAAUUGUAUUGUUUUAAGUGGUUGGAAAUUGAAUCUUAUUUCUUCACUGUACACCUUAUGUCCCCUAUGAUUUGCAAGAAA